AGACCCCCACCAGCAAUAAUAGAUCUCCUAUCUAUCAUGAAUGCUGCUGCCAGAUUCCUCUACCUUACUAACCGUUCUGUAUCUGCCACCCUCUCUGCUAAUCCCUCCACUGGCCUCCAGUCAGUGUCCUCCAUCCCUCUCUGCCAAUCCCACCACUGGCUUCCACUCAGUGUCCUCCAUCCCUCUCUGCCAAUCCCUCCACUGGCUCUCCAAGUGUCCUCCAUCCACUCUCUGCCUCCACUGACCUCCACUCAGUGUCCUCCAUCCCUCUCUGCCAAUCCCCACUCAGUGUCCAACCCCUCUCUGCCAAUCCCUCCACUGGACUCCACUCAGUGUCCUCCAUCCCUCUCUGCCAAUCCCUCCACUCCCCCCCCCCCCCUAUGGCCUCCACUCAGUGUCCUCCACCCCUCUGCUGACCUCCAAUCCCCAAUCCCUCUCUGGCCUCCACUCAGUGUCCUCCACCCUCUCUGCCAAUCCCUCCACUGGCCCCACUCCAUGUCC